CGCCACAAACAUGAAAUUGUGAAGAUCAUCUUCUUCGAUUGCCCAUAGAGAGAGAGAGAGAACGAGAGAGAUGGUGAUGGCUUCCAUCUGCUCACAGUUGUUCCAGAUUCAUCCGACAAUCCGUGUUCGGAGUGCUCCCUUGACAAUCUCUUCCAAGGCAUCAGAGCUGCCGAGCCGUCGCACCGUAUCGCUCCCCAGCCGGAGGGAAGGGAUCUUAUUAUUGUUGACGGGUGCGACGACAUUGAAGGUUCUAGAGUAUCCUGCCAAGGCAAGAGACAUACCUUUGUUUGGGAUACGUAAGAAGCUAGAGAAGGUUGAGGAGAAGGUGGAGGAGGUGAUAAAGGAAGGAAUUGAGACAGCUGAAGAAGGAAUCGUGUCGGCUGAGAAAGGAAUUGAAACAGCCGAGAAAGAGAUCGAGUCUGAAGUGCGCAUUAGUGGUCUGGCCCAGGCCGGGGCUGUGGCGGUCGCCGAGCUUUUUGCGGUGGUCGUUGCUACUUCAGUUGUGAAUGGCAUUUUGGGUCCUGAAGCUCAGAAAUCAUGAAUGCUCCCACUUCCAUAUUUUCUUUAAAACCCGACCCGACCCGAAUCCGGGGAAAUAAUGCUACAACUUGUUAUGCUUUUAGAUAUUAAGAAUUUCAUUGAUCAAAACAUUUAUCAUAUGUAUUUAUUUUAAAUGCAGAAUGUUUGUGUUAAUUCAUAUAUGAAUAUGUAAAAAAUUGAGAUCA